AUGAUAGCAAGAACGAUAGCGCUAGCGCUGUUAUGCGCGUGGACACAGGCAAUAUCGCCGGUAGGAGACACCAACGAAUGCGCGCUGUACCUCACUGGGCCUGGCCGCACGUCCGCCUACGACUAUAGCAUUAAUCUCCUUAAAGGAAACUUUGGAUACGAAGGCCAGAGCAAUUGUAUCACCUAUGAAGCAAUUAAUCAAGCUUAUCUCGAGGCAAGAAACAGAAUCCUGGUGUCACAACCAAAAGGAGACUGGAAGGCGGAAGACUUUGCUAGUGUCGGCGAGCUAAUUCUCGAUAUCUCCACUAAUAUAGCUCGAAGAUACGGACUGACUUACGAAGAGAUCGAGAAAGGCCUGCCCCUCAUCGACACAUCCCGAACAUUAAUUCGAGAAGUAUGCCCUCCAGUCUUCUCUCAUGUGGAAUGCAGGGCUGGCAAAUACAGGCGGCUGGAUGGACUGUGCAAUAACCUUCAACACCCUACAUGGGGUGCGACCAUGGCUCCUUUCCAGAGAUUAUUAGGUCCUCUUUUCUCCGACGGUAUCAACGCCCCGCGUAUUGCUCAUCACGGUCGAGACUUGCCGCUCUCUCGAGUAGUAUCUCGUACCAUGCAUCCUGAUGAAGGCUUCCAUGAUCACGCCGGCACUGUGAUGGUUAUUGCUUGGGGACAAUUCAUGGACCACGAUUAUACGCUUACUGGUACACCACUUGAUCCCAAAAGCCGCAAUGAUCCUGAAGAGUGCUGCAACCGUCCACCUCACCUAAAGCAUCCGUACUGUAACGAGAUCCGCAUCCCUGAUGAUGAUUACUUCUACCGCUUGUUCGGAGUUAAGUGCAUCGACUUCGUGAGAGGAUUCCCAUCGCCAAGACCCGGCUGCCGACUGGGUUCAAGAGUUCCAUUUAACACUUUAACAGGUUCCAUUGAUGGUAACACCGUAUACGGAGUGACAGAAAAAUUUGCCCGAAAGCUGCGUACCGGUUUCGGUGGUCUACUACGAAUGAACCCUAUAUUCAAAGAAUACGGUCUCAAGGACUUGUUACCACUUAAACUUGACAUCCCAGAAGAAGGCUGCACUAGACCUAAUGAUAAUAUGUACUGCUUUGAGGCUGGUGAAAUCCGUGUAAAUGAACAACUCGUUUUGACUGUCAUGCAUACUCUCAUGGCUCGUGAGCAUAACCGUGUUGCUAACGCUCUUGCCGAAGUCAAUCCUCACUGGGACGAUGAGACUCUGUACCAAGAAGCAAGACGUAUCAACAUUGCCGAGAUUCAACAUAUUACUUACAAUGAGUUCUUACCAAUCCUACUCGGGAAAGACGUUAUGGAGAAAUUCGGUUUGGUACUUGAGAAAAAGGGUUAUUGGGAUGGCUAUGAUACAGAAGUUAACCCUGAUGUUAUUGACGCCUUUGCUGCUGCUGCCUACAGAUUCGGUCAUUCAUUAUUACCUACUGCGGUGGAAAGAUGGUCCAAAGCACACAAAUUCAUUGCCUCUAAGAGACUAUCGGAUCUUAUUCGUAGACCAUUCGACUUGUACAGAGCUGGUGUACUUGACGAAUACGUCAUGGGUCUCAUGAACCAGGUAGCUCAAGCUAUGGACGACUCUAUUACACAAGAAGUCACUAAUCAUCUAUUCAAGAAAGUCGGUUCUCGCUUCGGGAUGGACUUAGUAUCGUUCAACAUGCAAAGAGGUCGUGAAUUCGGUCUCCCUGGUUAUAUGGAAUUUAGAAAGUUCUGUGGUCUUCCUCAUGCUGAUACCUUCCAGGAUCUCUUCGGAUCUAUGCCUAAUAAGACUGUGCUGAAAUACGAAACCAUUUUCGAUCAUCCUAUUGAUGUAGAUCUUUGGUCGGGUGGUGUGUCUGAGCGGCCUCUACCAGGGUCCAUGUUAGGACCUACUUUUGCUUGUAUCAUCGCCACCCAAUUCUCGUACUCAAGACGUGGUGAUCGUUUCUGGUUCGAACUGCCUAACCAACCUUCGUCGUUUACACCUGAGCAACUUACUGAAAUCAGAAAAUCUCGUUUGGCACGUGUGAUUUGCGACAACACUGACAUUAUUGAUACUGUUCAGCUUUACCCUAUGGUCUUGCCUGAUCAUGAACUAAAUCCUCGUGUACCGUGUAGAAGUGGAAUCCUUCCACAAAUGGACUUUAGUAAGUGGGCCGAGCCCGCCCCGUUCCAUGGACCCGCUAAGCAGUUUAUGACCAAUGCAACUGUCAUUGAAAAUAACAACAUGAAACACGAAGAAUUAAGCAGUGACGUACAAAAUUGCAACAGUAAAAAGGUUUGCAACCAAACAGAGGUUUCCAAGCAAAUCAAACAGCUCCAAGCGACAAAUAAUACCGAAAACAUUAUUACUAACAUCACAGGCACUGGUAAUAAUAGUACCAAAGAAAACCAAAGCGUAAGCAUUAUUGCUAACCAAAAUACAUUACUAAAAUACGUUUACAAAAAUAAUGACAAAGUAGAACUAUAUACUAAAGAUAAAGGACACAUUAAAAACCGCUUAAAACGUCGAAAACGUUCAACAGAAGAUCCAUUAAGUCCACUUCCUAGCAAAUACCAAAAACCAGCCCUUAUUGUUAACUAUGAAACUUCUCAUGGACCUACUGCUACUGCGAGCUGGUCUCCUCCAAUAAAUUCAGCUAAUGCUAUCGAAGACGAUGUUCGAGCUGAUUUCAAGAUCGUAACUCGCCAUUAUAAUACUGAUGAUAAGAACGAGAAGGAAACAGACAAACAAAGUAAUCUGGACUCUAACGAGGCCGCAAAAUUGAAUGAAAACAGUAAUGAAAGCACGGAGAGCCUUGAAAAUGUCAAGAAAGAAAACACAAGCAGGGAAAGCGAUGAAAGUAGUGAACAACAUGAUUACAAAAACGAUAAAAAGGAAUCAGUUUAUGACCAUAACCAUGCUGAUAAUUACAAAGAUGGCUCUAGAAAGAAUGGUAAUAAUGAUGUUAGCAAUGAAAGUAUCGAAAAUCGUAUAAUCAAAUCAGAUUCUGAAAGUGUAGAAAAUAAUGAGAGCGGAGAAAGGAGUGACACAAACAAUUAUGCAAGUAGUGAACAGCCUCUUGAUAAAAGAAGCGAAAGUAGCAGUUUCAACCAAAGUCCUUAUUCACCUGAGCAUUCCGAAGACCGUGAAAGAAAAAAUGAAGAUUAUAACAGUUAUAAUCCUUCCAAAGAGGAGAGUAGUGAAAACAGUAAUGAAAGAUACGACCAUACCUCUACACCACAUAAUUCAAAACCUCUUCAUGAUAAAGAUAAAAAAAAAGGAAAUUCUAAAAGAAUAUCUCCAGAAUCUUUAAAUGUAAAUAGUAGGGAACAUGAUAGAUACAGUGAAUCUUAUACACAUCAUCAUAAAAAUAAUCAAGAAAAUAGCAAACCAAGUCACAGUGGAGAUAAUCAGGAGUCUUCUAUUGAAAACAGCAGCGAGACUAAUGUCAAGGAAACAAAUUAUUCCAAAAAUAAAAUCGAUUUAAAAAGUGAUGUGCCUAAUCCUGUUCAUAAUAAACCGGCAUUGCCUAUACAAGAUAUUGAUUUAGGGGAUUUUAGUUAUGAAAAAAUAAAUAUUAACCAAGACGGAAACGUGGUGGCUGUCGAGGAUAGCUCUAAAGAAAAUAAUGCUAAUUCUGCCAUUCAGAAAAUUUCUCCUAAUAUCGAUACAAAGACUCCCAAUACCUUCCAGUUAGUGAAAAAUAAUUUAUUAGCUAAUUAUUCUGACAAAUUAGUUAAAAUAAAUGAUGGUGAAAUAAAACCUGUUGUAGAAAUCAAUUCAGAAGACAAUGAUGAUUCAAGCGAAAAAAUUGAAAAAAGCAGCUUCAAUAAUUUUGAUAGCUUGGAAGCAGAUUUAAAUAAUAAGGAUGGUGGAAGUAGCAAAAUACUUAAUGCACAUAAAGAAAUAGAAGGAGGAGAUGUAAAGCAGCAGUUUGAACGUAUUCCAUUAAAUUAUAAUCACAACCAGAAGGUUAAAACUGAUGAUGAUACAAAUGCUCCUAAAGACGAAUACUCUUCUAGUUCGCAAGAUCUUCCUAACGAAGAAGAUGCUGUUCUAAAAUCUGAGGGCACAAUCGACGUAUUUGCACCUAACGAUGAAAAAUAUGAUGAAAAUCUUAAUUUAAAAUUCAGUGAUUUACAUAUAAAAUUACCUGAAAUAGUGUUACCCGAUGAUAUAUUAAGUUUUACAAAAUCCCAUUCACCCUUUAAGGAUGAAAAUAACGGAGACAAAAACGAACGCUACCAUUAUCCUCGAUAUACAGAGCGACGUAGUAAAAGUAAAAAAAAACAGGAUGAUGACAGUGAGAAUGAAGAGGAAGAUGGACCUAUCUCUGAUUAUUAUGGAUAUUAUAAUGACAAGGGUAAAAAACAAGAUUAUAGAAAGAAAGCGGACGAAGAGGAACAAAGCGAUGAAGAAGAAGAUUUGUAUGAAAAAUUCGUCCGAGAGAGAUUUGGUAAACGUGGUACCUUCGAAAAAAGAUCCGAAAAAUUGGUUGAGCCCCCACUAAAUCCAGAUCUGAGAAAAACUAUUCAGAAAAUUCUCAAGAAAACUGCGAGUCUUGAUGAACCAGUCAAGGGUAGUGGAGAUCCUAACGCUAAAUACAUGUGGACUCUCGAGUAUGGAGAAACCUUGUAG